GAUCUUGCGACUGUUGGGUACCAACCACACGGCGGAGCUUACCUUCGAGCUUUCUCGGUAAAGAAGACGCUUAAUGAGGCCAAAGCCGCCUGUGGUCAGUUCGGUGGAGGACGUCUUGCUCAGCCCACAACAAAAGAGUUUAAUGUUGCACUGACCGGGAUAGUAGGGGAGGCAUCUGCCGACGAAAGCUUUUGGAUCGGUGUGAAGAUGUAUGAGGACUUCUGGCUGUGGUCGGAUGGGACCCCAAGCGAGAUGUCCUACAGCAGUUGGGCAUCAGGAGAACCCUCUGGGCAGGGCUGCGUCACGACAACGUCAACUGGAGAGUGGAGCGUGAAAAACUGCGACGAAGAGGCGUUCUACGUUUGCCAGAUAGGUGAUGAGAGCUUGUACGAGAUGGAACCUCACUCUAAAGCGCGAUGUGGCGGAAUACUCUACGAGAGUUCUGGCCAGAUCGUAUCACCAGGAUAUGGACAGAAUCUGAACAACCCUGAAGAACUGGACUGUGAGUGGAAGAUCAUAGUCCCGGAUGGAAAGGUCGUACAGUUUACAGUUGAAGACUUUCAACUGAAGGAGGACGGUAGCCUUGAGAUAUUUGACUUCUGCCCUUACGGACACCGCGUCGAGAGUCUUUCAGGAACUGUCGAAUCCAAUCUGACUAUCACCACCACCGCCAAUGAGGCCUUCCUCAAAUUCAGCUCCAAUGGUCUACAACCGACGCAUGGUUUUAACAUCAGCUUCCAAGCAAAGCCCCCACAACGCGGCCCAAAUGUUCGUCAAAACAGCCAGAAAACUACAAGAGCUACGCGACGUACGCUGGCAAAGGGCAUCGUACCUGGCCUGCAGCAAGUCGCUAGCUUCGUGAGCAGCACUUUGCUCAGCGUGGCAAACAUGGUCUUUGGCAGUCAGAACACCGGACAACAACAUGCAGAAUUAAUGAACAAUCUAAAUCUCCUAAAGGACACGGUUAAAGAAAUAGGAAGUGACAUACAACAGCUAGGCAUCAUGUUGGAAUGGCAGGUCGAGAUGGCACAAGCAGCUCAAAUGUAUUCGAGCUCCGAGCAAAGAAUCAAGAACUUGCUCGACACGUUGCAAACUCAACUUACUAUUACAACAAACGGGACACUGGAGCCUGCCAGGGCCAACAGAGGCCUUGUUCAAAACUGGGUGGACAAUGUGCUGACACAGGGAGAAGGAGGCAUUAACGCGGUCUUGAACAACAUGCAUCGCAUGGUGAUGGGGACUCAAUCAGUGUUUAACGGGAAGUCAGUCAUUGCAAUAAUGGACGGCCUACUGAAAAGCCAACAUCAUCCGAGUGCCACUGAAGAGCUGAAGAGUAUCGCUGAAUACAUCAUUGACCUGCAACUCUCCGGGUACGUUGCCUGGAUCCUCGCUCUCAGGCAUAAUGGUGAUAUGGACAAAGCUGAAGGAAUUAUUAACAGGGGAUCCAAGAAGUUGAGUGAACAAAAUUGCUUCAUGGCGCGUUUCUUCGACGACUGGCCGACAGGCACCUUUGGCUUUCCCAUGGCAACUGGCGGGUGUCCGAAUGGGUCAUCUGUGGUUUUUAAGGGGGGCCAGUACGAGAUGAACGGAGUCAACAGUUUCCUUUGGUCAGAGGAUGAUCAACUGCAUUUAAGCGGAAGUGUCUCUAACAACACAGUGAAGCAGGGAGUCUGCAUGAAGACGACUUACAGUGGCAGCGGCAACUGGUCAAAAGGAAGGUACUGCUUGUUUAAGCAUGGGAAUUGUCCACCAGGAUUCAGUUGGGGCCGGCUGGGAUUUCCCGGAGGUACUAAGACUGGAGUUGUUUCGGAUGGAGACGUGGACAGUGACAGCACGGAGGUGGAGUUCUGCUGCCGGGAUGACGGGGAUGCCUCCUACCCUAUCCGCCUGCCUGUCGGGACCCCCUUCUAUCUGCUCAGACAUGGAGGACAGUGCCAACAGGUCGAUGGAGCAACAGUUCUUGAGGAGUGGAUUGAGUUCAGGGGAAACGGCCACAGGGCUGGCAUGACUCCUGAUGAUGAUGGUGAGGGCAACAGCCACAAGAUCUACUACUGCUUCUACAGGGCAUCCGGGUCAUCACCCAACAUCCCAGCUACACCGAUCAUCUCAGCUGCUGUACCAGUGCACACAACAAACGUAAUCAACUAUGUUGUCACCAUCAGCCUUGUAGCUGGACCACGUGCCUUGCUGUAAACUCCUGCAAUGUCAAAAGAAAACCAGAUGAUCCAUAUGAUUAUUUUCUAUUUAUAACCAUUUAAUGACCAACCCUUUUUAACUAUUUUUUGACAGAAUCUGGUCCCUUGUUCAACUUGUGGGAAUAUAUUCCUUUUGGCAAAGAAACAAACGAAAAAAAAUAUUGUUCUAUAAACUCUGCCUGAUCUUUGAGAUAUAUGCUAAAAUAUGUUAGAUAUUAAAUUGAAUAUUACCUUUUAUCCUUUAUGAAAAGCAGACAAAUCGAUUAUUUACUUCUAUUCUGACAUAUGCAAUAUUUAAAUCGUGAUAUGACUCAUCUGCAACAUCGCCCAGUGAGGUCUUAACAUAUCCAAUGGCAUGCUGUACUAAGAUGUAAUCAAUCAAUCAAGCCGCAAGCA